UGUUGCCAUAUGUACAUCUACCUGUUAAUCACCCUCGGAUGAAUAGGAGUUGGAGAGGGGAUCGAGAUACAUACAUACCUACAUAUAAGGUAUAUAUAUAUACACUUGGUUCAACCUCAUAAACAGACAGUUCUAAACAGAUUUAUUAAAAAGUCUUCUUCCGUCAACAUCACAUCUAACUCACUCAUAUAUCAAUUAGUUCUACUACAAGUCACCGGAAAUAAAUCUUCAAAAUGCCCAAGGUGCUACUGACUGGCGGUUCCGGGUUUAUUGCCGCCCACGUCCUCGAGCUUCUGCUCAAAGGGGGUUAUGAGGUGGUGACGACGGUCCGCUCCGAGACCAAGGCCGCUCAAAUUCGCGCCAAAUAUCCCGGCGCGAAACUCUCGGUAGCCAUUGUGCCGAACAUCGCAGUGCCCAACGCCUUUGACGAGUUGAUAGCCAACACUCCCGGAAUCGACUACGUGCAGCACACGGCGUCGCCCUUCCACUUCAAGUUUACCGACGCCCGUACGGAACUGCUAGAACCGGCUAUCAAUGGCACAAAGGGCAUCCUCCAGGCCAUUGCCAAGUAUGCGCCCAGUGUCAAGCGCGUUGUCGUCACCAGCUCCUUCGCCGCCAUCAUGUCCGAGAGCAAGAUAAACGACACUGCAAAAGUCUUUAGCGAAGCAGACUGGAACCCGAACACGUACGAGGACGGACUUGCGGGACCUCCCCCCACAUCCUACCGCGUGUCGAAGACGUACGCCGAGAAGGCAGCCUGGGACUUCGUCGAGCAGGAAAAGCCCGGAUUUGAACUUGCUACAAUCUGCCCGCCCAUGGUCUUCGGUCCUGUCGCGCACCACCUGGACUCGCUAAAGGACAUCAACACGAGCGACCAGCGGUUCGUGGACCUGAUCCAGGGCAAGUGGAAGGAGGAGAUCCCAACGUCUGGCAUAUGGUUGUGGGUCGACGUUAGGGAUGUCGCGCUCGCCCAUAUUAAGGCCAUGGAGAUCCCCGAGGCGGCCGGCCAGCGCUUUUUUACCACGGCGGGCUUCUACGACAACGUGCAGCUUGCGCGUGCUGUCCGCAGCGGGUUCCCCGAACUGGCUGACAAGCUGCCUGACGACAACGUCAAGCUCGCCCCGGGUGCUGCGAAACCAGCCGCCACCUUUGGUUACGACAACUCGCGCACUAGCAAGGCCCUGGGCAUCGAUUGGAUUCCUGUUGAGAAGACUGCGGUCGACACUGUCAAGAGCCUGCUGGAGAUCCCGGCUUGAGCGAAUGGGAUUGGUCGAAUAGAUGGAAGGGGAAAAGGGGCACUAAGAUCCUCGGGAUUCUGACACCACGAUAUUAAGGACUCGGCAUCUUCUAAUGCACUAGA